AUGAACUCCAUCCAGCAGAAAUUCAACAAAUCGUUGAAGCUGAAAACAUUCAGUUAUGACCCUCUUGCCGAAGACGACAGCAUUCGGCUUCUUUUACUUGAACCUGGCCAGCCAGGUGACCCUAUCUCUUGUAGCCUUAUCCAUACUUCUAUCACCGAAUGUCAUGACAAUAUUUAUGAGCAAUAUACUGCAUUGUCGUAUGUUUGGGGAACCCAAUUAAACGCCCAGACGAUCCAUGUCAACUCGCGACCAUUCCGAAUCACAGCCAAUCUUGCUGCCGCUCUCAAUGAUUUGAGAGAUGAGCAUAAAUCUCUUCGUUUAUGGGCAGACGCAAUAUGCAUCGACCAAACCAACAAUUUGGAGCGAAACCAUCAGAUCAAACACAUGCGCGACAUAUUUUCUCUGGCUCAGCCCACUGUGGUAUAUUUGGGUCCAUCCACUGGCGCUAGCACUUUCGUGUUAGACGUACUCCAAUAUUGGUGGAGGCGUGGAUCGAGCCGAGUCUUGUCUGGAGAGAAGGCGGAAAUCCGCAGAAUGGUAGCCUCCGAACUUCUCCUGAGAGAUUGGUUCACUCGUGUCUGGACGUAUCAAGAGCUUGUACUGUCAAAAGAGGUCUGGGUGCAGUGUGGUCGACAAAGACUGAAGUGGGAUGUUCUAUGCAGUACACUGCUGGACCAAGAUCAUCGACUGAUACUUAGCUCGAAGACACCAGAGAGCUCUCAAUCACCUGUGAAUAUGAUGCCUCAAUUUCGAUUGCUACUGCAGAUGAGAGACACUCGCCUGAGAUAUCUCGUUGGACUCCUGAGCGACACCGAGCCCGAGUCCCUUUUGUCGAUCCUUUUAACUCGCCGUGGGUCUGGAGUAACGGAUGCUCGUGACAUGAUAUAUGGACAUCUUGCAGUCUCUGGUCUACAUCUUCCACGGAAAACAAUUUCUCAAACUCCGGUGCCAGAAGUUGAUUAUGACAAAACCAUUGCCCAGGGAUAUGCUGCUGCAACGGCAUUCAUCAUCAAUUCAAUGAGAAGCAAUGGAGUACUGUUCCAUACAGAGGUCUUUGACCGCACUCUUCGUCGACGAGACCUACUACCAUCCUGGGUUCCAGAUUGGUCUCUUGGUAGCAGUCACCAUCCUCCCUUAUUGCGGACUCGGAUCCCUUUACCUAAAGACUUUCCUUCAAGCGUACCGAGUAUUAGGCCGCACAGUCUUUUCAUACCUGAGCACUUAGUACUGGUUUAUCAAGGAUGGAGAGUGGGCGAAGUUGAGAAUGUUGGUUUUGCAAUAUCCCACCAAGAGGUUCUCACCGAGUAUCUGGUACGAUAUAUCAAACGUCUCUGCGCUUUAAGAUUGAGCUGGGUUUGGAACCUUAGGGAUCGGAACGACCAAAGCCGUUGCCGGGCCCAGGUAUACAUUCACAUCUACGCUUUUUGGCAGAAAGUCUUUGGUGAUGCUUCUUUCCCUGAUUUACCAUCUGAACCAGGACAAGUAAUAGACGACAGAAACCAAAAGAUCUUCUGGAACGAUGCUGAGGACUUGUACUGCGAGCGCCAAAGAUUUCGUUGGAAUGAUAUUUUAAACUUCCAGAAAGACUACACCAUUUUGCAGCAAUUCCUGACCCAGCAAGCUUUUCGAAUCAGCGGCUUGAAUGAAUAUCUAGAGAAGGGACGGAAACUUGUCACAGUAGCGACAGGCGGUCUGGCAGUUGUACCGCAAGAUACACGCAAAGGAGACUUGGUUUACUUCCAGCCAAUCGGCAACUCGCUGUACUUCACUGUCCUCCGACCUUUCCUGGACAAUAACAGUGAAACGUCCCCAAAACCAGAAAUAGAGAAGACAAUACGUGAGAGACUCUGGUUCAGAACUGAAGGAAUGAACAUUCACUUCUAUACCAUGAUUGGAGCAGCCUCUCUAGGGGCAAACAACCAUAUCCAGAGACUGAUGGCGGCCUCCAUUGCCAAGGAUGUCGAGCAUAUCAUUGCACUCGUGUGAAUACGCUUGUGGACUUGGUCCAGAGAGAAGUCGAAUCCUUCUUUCCUAAAUCAGACAAGAGAGAUAUUUCUCCCAC